AUGAGCAAUAUCACACUUGCUGUAGAAGCUGACCAGGAUGUAGGAGAGAUGCUGAGGAAUUUGUGGGAAGAGGCUGAUGAAAAACCAAAGAAUGAUGUGAUUGUAUUGAGUGACUGGCCUAAGACUCUAUACCAGGAGCCUCACCAUCCCCAGAGCAAGCCUUUCAUCUCUUUCUAUGCCAUCGAUGUCAACUAUUUUGUGUCCUUAAACUGGGUGGAACCACAUUCAAAACAAAUACAGGCAGUACUUUGGGUACAGAAGAAAGAUACAGAAAUGGGAGGAAUGAUAGAGAAGAUGAAGUUUCCUGUGAUGGAUCAAGUGCCACCCAUUGAAGCAAUGGUCCACACAGGUUCCUACCACAUGUUAAUUGCUUACUGUGGUGACAUGCGCCUGCGGCUCUUCGGAGAUCACCAUCAAGCAUUCAUAUCUCUGGGCACAGUGCCCUGUCGUUUCUCCAUCAGCUGCCUCUGCUAUGACUCAGAAGCUGAGAUACUGCUCUCUGGUACCCCGGGGGCUGUGGUUACCUGGCUUAUCUUACCAAACGGCAGGGGCCUCCAGAUGGCACAAACAGUGCUCAUGUCUGAUCAUGAGUUUGUACAGGGCUUUUCCCUGAACGGCCCCCAGGGCUCCCUCCUGGCUCUUUGUGAGAAUAAGGUAAGGGUCUUCACCCACCAGGGUCAGGGCCAGCUGAAAGAGGUAAAAAAGUUCACUCCCACAGCCAGUGGCUCUUCUAUCACCUGUUCCUUCACUUGUGUCUCUCAGGGCUAUUUCUAUGCUGGAAACAAGGAUGGAGAGAUCCAUGCUUGGGGUCUAGACCAGGGUAACUUCCUCCACAGCUUCCAAGCCCAUUCUUCAUCAGUGAUAUGUGUUUACAGCCGGCCAGAGACCUACACCUUACUAACAGCAGGCCGAGAAGGCAUUAUAAGGGAAUGGAAUCUUGCCUUUGGGAACUUGCUGCGGCAGCUGGAUAUUGAUGAGGAUUUGCAGCAACUGCAGUUUAUUGAUAACACCACUUUUUUCUGCCAGACUACCCACACUUUCUCAUUGCACCACCUACCAUAUUUUUAUAGCCUCUUCAAUGUCUGUGGUUCUGCUCCUGAGCAGGUGCAGCGGGUCUGCUGUGGCCGUAAUUGGACUCGGAUCCUGUGUGCUACUAAGGAUGGUUUAUUGCGCUUCUUGUCUCCAGUAACAGGAGAUCUCCUGGUUAUCACCUGGCCUCUACUUGUCAUGGAUAAGGCCGUAGCUUGGGCCUAUGACUCAGACAAAGAAGAGCUCUUUGUGGCAACAGGCAGUUCAGAGGUGCUGGUGUUUGAUGCAACGCGCUCUCCUUGCAUGGCCAAGUAUCUGGUAUGCACUUCAGUAAACUCUGGGGAUAAAGUAAGGUGCCUGGCCUAUGGGCAGUCCCAUUUGGGUAUGGGCCUAGUAGGAUUGAUGUUCUGUGGGCAUGACAGUGGCAUUGUGAGAAUCCUCUCCCACUAUAGCUGUGCUCGAAUAGAAAAGACUGUUCACUCUGGGGCAGUGUUGGCACUGUCUACCCUAGAAGGUCCUCAGGAAAUCUCCUUACUCUGUUCCUAUGGCAUGGAUAAUACUAUACACCUGACAGAAGCUGUGAUUCAGAAAAACAAGGUAAUCCUGCAGCCCAUAAGCAAAAUUCUCUGUGCUUGCCCCCUAACACACGUGAUCCUCUUGCCAGGUUCUGUGGGUGCCAUCACUGAGAACCACUGCUGGCGUCUCUGGCACUACCAAGAUUUUCUGAAAUCUUCAGAAUCAAAACAAAGGUCUGUUAGAGACAAAGAGACAAAAUGCCUGCACCAGUGUGACAUCACUUCAUUUGAUGUCUGCUCUUCCCUGAAACUUUUUGUCACAGGGGGCACUGAUGGCUCAGUCCGGAUCUGGGAUUUCCAUGGUAGACUCAUAACUGAGUUGGAUUCAGCAUUGCAUUUUGGCCCACUCUGCUUUGCCAAUAAUCGGGGUGACCUGCUUUUGACUUUCAACCAGAGUCUUUACCUGGUAUCCUGCUUAAAAUUGCUCCCUCCGGCUCAGCUGAUUCACCUAGCUAUCCUAAGCAGUGCAGACGAUAUACAAGAAGUCCCUAAACCCUUCCUGCCUAGCUUCUUCUUUUCUUUUGAAAGAGUAUUUGUACCCAAAUUUGUCUACCUUGGACAAGGGCUGCAGGAAUUACAGGGACUAGAGGCCCUUGUUAACAAACGGGUCAUUGCCUUUGACAAUACUGUGCCGCAUGUUGUAGAGGAAGAGAGACAUAUGUCCACUCUGAUUCAUGUGGAACCCAAAUCACACUUUUGGGAGGAUAAGAAUAUUGCUUUUGACCCCAAGCAUAAUCAUCCCCAACACUUGGUUCCUGCUCAGUUACAGCUUGCUGGCUGGGAUGGAUUGAACCCCUACCAUAUAUUAUGUUGCUCCUUUGGUAAAGGGCGGCAAUGGCCCUUUGCUCCUGAUGGCUACAUCCCCAACUCAGUUAUCCGUGCCCGCCUUUGGCCUGAUGGCACCCCAAUCUUCUUACGCUAUGAUCUGUACCAAGAUAAAGACUGGGACAUGACCAAACUCAUCAGAUGCCAGACACUGUCACCUAUGCCUGUACUAGAAGAGAACAUCUCAAUGAGAAGAGAGAGGGAUAAAUCCAAGAAGUGGAAACGAACUUUCUAUGAUGUUCUAGUAAGCAUAAUGAACCGAAAUUGGACAGGAAGAACAUUUGAUGAAGGAAUUAUAAAUAAUUUAAUCGAGGCCAUCCUCAACCUCACAAUUUACUGUUCUAUAGAUCAAUACAAGACAUAUAUUAGUGUCCUGGCACAAAUUUUUGCCACUUACCAGGUAUCUCCAAGAUUGUGCUCUGAGGCUGCCUGUCGCCUAAUGGAAGAUACAGUUCAUCCCAAUCCAUGCAUCCGUGAGCUAGCCUGGGAGGGGUUGGAGAGGCUAGGUGUCCUGAGCCAUCUCUUUGCUGUGCCACUGGCUAUGGGAUUGAUGGACAGUGAUGAAAAUGUGAGGGCUAAGGCCUUAUACCUUAUGAUAAGAGUCACAGGCAUCCAAACUAAGACUAUGCUGGUAGGCCUGCUGAAGAAACGAGACACGUUUCAAGAAAUGCAGCAGGAAUUUAUUGGAGAAACCUCUCUGGACCAGCUGCUGGGGAUCCAAGCUAAAGAUAUCCAGUGCCUGCUUACUCAGGUGGAGCAGCAGCUAAAUGAAAACCUGACUUUGUCAUAUAGAGACCAACAACCUACUUUUUUUUUAGACAUAUCAAUGGCUGGUAAACCUGAGACCCUUGUCAAACAAAUAGUCAUACCUGAAGAGAUCACCAAACCAAAGAAAAGAAAGACAUAUGUUCAAGCAAAAAGAAGAGAGUUUAUUAAAAAGGACCUGAGAGUUUCCAGAAAGCUAAGACAGACAGAGUUUAUAAAAUUUAGCUCUAUGUUGGUGCCUUCAAAGGAUGAAGAUGAACAAAGAGAGGCCAGGCAAUCAGAGCAGAUUGACACCAGGGAUGUUACCUUAGAGCCUAAACUGCGAUUAAGUACUUUCAGCCCAGCCAAAUCUCAAGAGGAUGCUGAGUCAGAGGAGGUUGUGAUGGAAGCCACAGAAGGGAGAGGCCACAUGGAGGUGACAGAGGUUAUGAAGGCCAUAGAUCAAUGUGGCAUGAAAGAUUAUGGAGAGGUGUCCCCUCAGGUGGAAAGACACGAAGGAGAAGGAGGAGGCCACAUGGAGGUCACAGAGGUUAUGAAGGCCAUAGAUCAAUGUGGCAUGAAAGAUUAUGGAGAGGUGUCCCCUCAGGUGGAAAGACACGAAGGAGAAGGAGGAGGCCACAUGGAGGUCACAGAGGUUAUGAAGGCCAUAGGUCAACGUGGCAUGAAAGAUUAUGGAGAGGUGUUCCCUCAGGUGGAAAGACACGAAGGAGAAGGAGGAAGCCACAUGGAGGUCAUAGAGGUUAUGAAGGCCAUAGAUCAACGUGGCAUGAAAGAUUAUGGAGAGGUGUUCCCUCAGGUGGAAAGACAAGAACUUAUGAGUAGGCUUUGGAAAAGGGCACUGGAAAAAAGCCAUGAAAAAGUAGCUGCGAAGUUGAAACAGGAAAAAGACUUGAAGGAUAUUUCAAAGACAACUGCAGAAGAGCCCGAGAAAAAAGUCAUGCAGAUUACUGAGCAAGAAAAAUAUACAAGGAAGAAACAUGGAAAGAGGGACCGAGGUUUGGCUGGUAUGCCUGGACGCGUGGGUAGAUCAGAUACCAGGUCUUGGCGGGAUGACAUUUGCUAUCUUGUCACCUCAAGGAUAGCAAAUUCCCAUCCAGGAAUGUUAAGAGAUCUGGGUCAAGAAUUGGUGGACUUGGCUCAGGUGAUGCUUGGUCCCCAAGAGCCCAACUGGGAACUCUUCCAAGAGAUCUGCCCUCUUCUAAAGGACUCAUCAGAAUUGGAUGAACAAGUGGUAGAAGAACCAUCCAUUAUAACUGAAAAGGUGGAUAUAGAGGUUGUGGAGGAAGAAGGGACAGAAUUGAGAGGACAAAGGGGCAAAAAAGCAUUAAAGAAGGACAAGGCAUUUUCUCAAAUGAAGAAAACGAAAGUUGCUUUCUUAGAUAAACUAGCCUUAGAGAAAAGGAAAUUUAAAAAAGAAGAAAGGAAACUGGCCAAGCAAGAAGGGAAAACAUCUGAGGAAGAAAGGAAACUGAGUAUGCCAAAGAAGAAAUUAAUGCAGGGAAAGGAGAAACUGACCCAUCAGGAAGAAAAAAUAGCUUGGGAAGAAAAAAUAGUGGCUUCCCCACAAGAGAAAUUAACCCAGGAAGAGUGGAAGUUAGUCUUAGGAGAAAAGAAAGAGACCAGAAAAGGGGGGAAACUAAAGGAAAGAAAAAGAGUGACCUGGAAGGAGGGGAGGAGAGCAGGGGUAAGUGGGACUUGGAGAAGGGGUAAGUGGGACUUGGAGAAGAUUAUGAUGGCCCAUGGAGAAGGCAUGUGGCCCCAGGAAGAGGGGUUGCCUCUCUGGGGAGAGAGGCAAUUGUCCCAGGAAGAGGAAGAGCUGGGUGAGGAAGAGGAGGAACUGGGUGAGAAAGAAGAGGAGCUGGGUGAGGAAGAGAAGGAGCUGGGUGAGGAAGAGAAGGAGCUGGGUGAGAAAGAGAAGCAGCUGGGAGAGGAAGAGGAGGAGCUGGGUGAGAAAGAGGAGCAGCUGGGUGAGGAAGAGGAGGAGCUGGGUGAGAAAGAGAAGCAGCUGGGAGAGGAAGAGGAGGAGCUGGAGGAGGAGCUGAGAGUGGAAGAGGAGGAGCCGGUUGAGGAAGAGAAGAAGCCAGGUGUGGAAGAAGAGAAACUGGCCUGGGAUGCAGAGGAACUAAUCCUGCACUUAAAGAAACAAGUUAAAGGGAGGAAGAAAAAGUCCCACAAAAAGAAGAAACACAUCCAGGGUAUAGAGAAACAUGUUGAGGAAGAGAUCCAGGAAAGGGGGAAAUUGGCCCAGGAAGAGGAACAUUUGUCUAGUGAAGAGGAAGGACUGUCUGUGGAAGAAGGAAAACAGGCAUCAGAAAGGGGCAGCUUGGUAGAGCAAGAAAUUAAAUUGACUCCAGAAAAGAAGAAAUGGUUAGGAAAGGAGAUAAAAGAGGCCUAUAAAAAGAAACAAAUCCAAGAAAAGAAAAAACAAAUUGGGAAACAGGAGAAAGAACACCAGACUAAGAAAGAAGAGAAAGAAGCCAAGGACAGAUGGUUAGCCUGGAAAAGAAAGAAACUGGGCCUAGAAGAAGAGGAAAAGCUUGUGGAAAAGGAGAGAAGGGCCCAGAAAGAGGAGGAAACAACCAAGAAAAAGAGGCAAUGGGCCUGGGAAAAAAAGAAAGCUGACUUAGGAGAGGAGGAACAGGCUAGGGAAAUGGAGAAGUGGUCACAGGAAGAAAAGAAACAGGCCUGGAAAGAAAAGAGACAGGAUCAGAAAGAGGAGAAAAUGGCUCAAAAAGUGGAGAAACAGACUGAGGGGGAAAAAAAACGGGCCAGAGAAAAAAUGAAACUGAUCCCAGAAGAGGAAAAAAAGAUAGAGGAAAUUGAGACAGUGUUCCCCCCAAAAGAGAAACAAGCUAAGAAAGAGGAGAAAUGGGUUGGGAAAGAUAAGAAAUCCAUUGAUGAAAAAGAACAGAUCCAUGAAAAAGAGCAACUAGCCCUAAAAGAGCAGAAACAGGCCCAGGAAGAGAGAAUAUGGCAUCAGAAAGAGGAAAAAGAGAGCGAUCAAAGAAAACAAUGGGCCUGGGAAAAAGAGAAGUUGUCUGUAGAAGAGGAGGAACACGCUGGUGAAAUGCAGAAAACGUCCCAGGAGAAAGCACUGACAAAAAGACUGACCCAGAAAGACAGUAAACUGGCCAAGGAAGAGAGGCGUAUUGAUAAGAAAGAAAAGGCAAUAGCCAGGGAGGGAAUUGGCAUAACUAAGACAAAGAAAAAAACUGAGGAAGAGAAAGAAAUUAUGAAAGAAGAGGAAUUGUCCCAGGAAGAGAGGGAACUGGCCUAUGACAUUAGGACCAAGGAGAUGGGUGUUGCCAAGAAAAAAAGGAAACGAACCAAAGAGGAGAGAAUACAGGCAAUGAGGAAACUGAAUAUGGAGAAAGGGAUUCGUUCCAAAGAAAAAGAGGCUAGUUCCAGGUUAAAAGAUAUAAGGAAGAGAGAGAGUUACUUGUUGAGGAUCCUACCUAAAAUAGUUAGAGAAAGAAGUAUAGUACCACUGGAAGAAACAGAAAUACCUGAGGAAGAAAGAUCAUCUAUGAUGGGGAAGAGUGGAAUGGAUGGCCAGAGGUGGGAAGUUUUUAAGGAAGAGAGAGAAAUAAUGAAACAAGAGAAGGAGCUGGAUCAGGAAGAGAGAAAAGUAGAAGAUGACAGACUGGCCACCAAAGAGAAAACACUGACUGAUAGAGACAGCUUGGAGGAGAACCAAAGGUUAUUAGAGAAGGUCCAGGGAAAGAUACUAUUAGAUAAAGUCCAGGUAGAAAGUAUAUUAAAGGAAGUCCAGGAACAAAAUCUGUUAGGAAAAAAGCAGCUAAAGAAACUUCUAAGGAGAAUUGAGAAGAAUAAAUCAGAAAAAACUCAGCUAAAGUACUUAUUAGAGAAUAUCAGAGAUAUCCUGUUUGAAGGCUUAUCUGAGAGUUUGAUUGAGGAGGAAAUAAAAGAAGGUCCAACAACGAAGGGGAAAGAGGAGGAGGGCAUCACUGAGGAAGGAGAAGAGGAAGAAAUUUUGCCCAGGAGAGAGAAAGGGAAAUAUUUGAUUAGGAAGAAGAAAAAGAAGGCAAGCCUGAGUGAAGAGGAAUUGGAGGAGAACUUGGAUAAGAAGCAUAAGAAAGAGAGUUCAACCCAAAGAAGGAAAAAGGAAAAGAGGUUGACUCAAGAGAAAGAGAGGCUGACCUUGGAAAAAGAGAGAAUGCCCCUGGAAGUGUUGAGAGUUCAUCUGGAUUUGGAAGGACAGGAAAAUCAACUUCUUGGAGCAUACCCUAUGACAAGUUCUUGGGGAAGACAAGAGGAUAUGCUCUUGGAGAAAGCGAGGGGUUUGAGAAUAGGCUUAGAGACCCAGAUUCCAGAAGGCCUCCACAGGCCAGAGUCCCACUUCUCAGAUAUUAUCAUGAAAUCACAGAAACCUGAACGUUGGCCCAAAGGUGACAGGUGGAAGUGGUUCUUUAAGUACCAUGAUUCUCCAGUGAGAAAAACUGAAGGCCAGGUCCCAGGGCCAGCCCCAGCCCCAGCCCCAUCCCUUACUCCUAUACCAGCUGAAAGGCCAUGCUACUCAGAAGCAAGCUUCUCAGAUGAGGACUGGAUUAACAAUGCCUUAAUAAGACUGGAAGCAGGAGAGCAGCUUUCCAGGGACAGUUUCCAUAGACUGCACCAGCUCCUCAGAGACUUCACUUCAAAGGGAUACAUGAAAUGGAUGCAUCUGUGCAAUCUUAAAGCCAUUGCUAAACACCUAAGGCAGAACCUCGAGGUAAGUCACACAGACAUAUCGCAACAACAUAAGAAUGCUUUGAGUCCAGUGCACUUAAAAGUGAUCCCUCCAAUUAGAAGAAAAGAAAAAGAGAGCCGGCUAGAGCCACUGUCCAUACCUUCACCGGUGUUACCAUCAACCACCAAGAGGAUUCGAGUCCCAAAGGCUAUAAAUUGGCAUCUUUUAGGAGAACCUUACAGGAGUGCACGGGUAAGGCAACUAUCCAAUGCUCUCAAAGAGAUGGAAAUGAAACAUUUCUAUCCUGCUGCAAGAGAGAUUUUCACAGGUGCCCAUGCCUCUGUGGACAAACAAACUCUAGCACUGAUGUUUCAGAAGGAUCUGAGGGCUUUUAAGGGAAAAGACAGACCCCUCACAUUGCCCAAGUUGAAGAAGGCACAGCCCAUCUCUAAAAAAAAGGAAGAGGUGCCUCAAUGGGAGACAUUUGUGGCACUGUACCAUGUUUUGCAGAUGAUGCAACAACAAUAUGCAAAAGACAGCACUGCUUGGAUGGAACAGUUUUACCAACUCAUGGAUCUGUACAAAUUUAAGUCCCCUCAAAUCCAGAGGCUUCUACUAGAGUUGCUGCAGAAAGAGGAACUCCAACCCCAAGAGAUCAUGUACAAAAAGGCCCUGAAAACUCAGGAGCUGGUACCUGGUGAACGGUUGUUCUGUGGCUUGUUUUGGGGUCAUUCCCAUGCCCCUGCAAUUCCUCUCAAGUUCCAUAACAUUGUACCUUUGCCUGGGAAGAGCAGGGUGCAUACUAUCCAACCUGUGGGUAUCGCCCAGUAUGGAUUCCUAGAACUUGCCUGGAAAAACCUACCACAAGUCAAUUCUUACUUUAUUGACAAGCCGCCCAACAUCCCUACUCCUACUCUAUGA